UACACUCUGCCCCAAAGCUCAAGACUUUUUUCUUCCUUCAUCAAUUUCUCGCCUCUCUCUUCUCAAAAGCUUCAUAAUUCAAUCAUGGCGGAUGAGGGUUUCGAAGCCUUCCACGUCCCCCAACAAAGCAGAAGAGACAAGCUCCGAGUCACUCUUCAGAACAACCCACCACAACGAUUCACACCCACUCUCGCCAUGCCUGCAGCCAACACCAGCUUCACCUUUCACCCCCACAAACCAACAUCUAACCCACCAUUUUCUCAUCCUUUCUUCUCGGAUUCCCACCAGAACGACGACGCUUUACGUCGGCCUAAUGAACUCAGAAGAUCGGUUCCUCUGGGCCCGUUCACGGGCUACGCUUCAGUACUGAAGCGCUCCAGGUUUCUGAAGCCUGCUCAGCAGCUCCUUGAAGAUUUCUGCGGGUCGGGUCGAUCCGACUCGAAUCCCACUCCGCCGAACUAUUUGAGCGGGAGGGUCAAAGAUCCGACAACUGAUGAUCGGGUUGAGGUUCAGUUGAAGAACUCUAGGCUGACAAUCAUGCUGGAGGAGGUGUACAAGAAGUAUAAACUGUACUGCCAACAGAUGGAGUCAGUGGUGGCAUCAUUUGAGACCAUUGAUGGGCUUGGAGAUGCAGCCCCUUACAUAUCUUUUGCUAUCAAAGCCAUUUUGAAGCACUUCGGGUGCUUGAAGAAUGCCAUUUUGGACAAGCUUCAAACCAGAGGCAAGAAGCCUCUGGCUGAUGAUUUUGACCAUGUUAAAGGUGAAGCUAGGGGCUCCUCUGAUGGAGGCCAAAACCCAAGUCAUCUGAGUUUGACCAACAACCCUCAUCAAUCUGCCUUGCGAUGCCAAAGAGGACUUCCUGAGCAUGCAGUUGCUGUGCUGAGGACAUGGCUCUUUGAACACUUCCUUCACCCUUACCCUUCUGAUUCUGAAAAGCAAAUGUUGGCUCAACAGACUGGCCUAUCAAGAACUCAGGUUUCUAAUUGGUUUAUCAAUUCAAGAGUAAGAAUCUGGAAACCAAUGGUGGAAGAAAUACACGUUCUUGAAACACAGCAGGCUCAAACAACUUCAGACACAUCUCUUCACCCUUGUUUAGAGUUACCACUCCAACUGGGGAUUUUGCCCCCAAUAACAUCAACCCAAAAUGCUCAAGACACCCAAACUAAACGCUCUAGAAAAAACGACCACCGCGGCGUGCCCGAGCAGAGUGAUCAGACACAAAGGAGGAAUUCAGCUUAUGGAGGAAGCCAUGAAGUUUCUUUAGUAUUGAGUCUUCAAGCCAAAAAAUGAGCAUGUUGGACGCUAUAAAAUGGUUAUGCUGGCUGGGGUGUAAAGGGACGCAAGCUACAGGGGCAUGCUUUUUGUUAAUUAAAUUGCUAAUGAACAGUGGAGAAGUUUGAGCUAAUGGCAAGGCAUUGUCGCUUUAUCAUAGUUUAUGUGAUGAAUUCUAGAUA